AUGGAUAAUGACAUAACCUAUAAAACUAUUCUAAAUAGUAUUAAUAAUUUAAAUAAAAUAUUUGACGACAUGGCUUGUGAAGCCUGCUCAACUAAAUUCACAUUAUUUAAAAGAAAAAAACAAUGCAAGGAUUGUUUGAGAUUUUUUUGUACAGAUUGUGUGAUUAGAAGAGGAGACAGAGUUUUAAGUUGUGAUAAUUGUAGUAUGUUGUCCAGAAGACCACUUAUUAAAUCUCAAGUAUUGACAAUGAAAUCAAAAGAUCUCAAGCAAUAUCUUAUGGCAAAAAAAGUAUCGCUCAGAGGAUGCGUAGAAAAAGAAGAUUUAGUCAAUAUUUUAAUGCGAUAUGCCAACGGAGAAAGUCAAAUAGACAACGAAUUAUUAACAAAUAAUGUUUCUCAGCCAUUAAGGCCGCAGGAAAGACAAAGUACACCACCUGGUUCUCCACCAAGACGAUCUAGAAGCCCUCCAAUAAAUGUAAGGCAAACAGUUGAAAGUCCGCAAUCUGAGCACGAGCCAUUUUUUCCGCCUAGAAAUCAUAAUGUAGAUAUAGAAGAAAUUUCAUCCGAAGAGGAUAUUAGUCCGUCACAAGGUCCUGAACCUUUAAUAACAGAACAAGAGCAAGAGCAAGAUCUUGAGCAAGUACAGCCAGAAGUCGAUCCAGAAAUAGUUAUUCAAGAAGAAGAAAACUCUCCAGAGAGUUCUAAGAGUAGUGAUCCGUCUGAAUUUAAUGAGCUUCCUUCGUGGACAGGUAACGUGAAGCUAUCUGACAUAAUGGAAAGAUCAGAUUUAGAAUAUCUUAAUGUCAAGCAGUUAAAAGAUCUCCUCAGAUCAAAUCGAGUUGAUUUCAAAGGUUGCCUCGAAAGAUCUGAACUUCUUGACAGAGCUUCUAGACUUUGGGAUGCUCAUAAGCGAUCGAGAGAAGAUUUAAGUGCAGAGGGUCUUUAUGAUGAAAGCUUAUGUAAAAUUUGUUGGGAUUCACCUAUUGAAUGUGUAAUAUUAGAAUGCGGGCAUAUGGCUUGUUGUAUAAACUGUGGCAAGCAAAUGAAUGAGUGUCCAAUUUGUCGUCAAUAUGUUGUAAGAGUUGUGAGAUUUUUCAAAGCUUAA